AUGGACUCAAUCAAGUCCGCAAUCCAUGAGAACCUGGGCAAAAGUCAUUUUCUUGCUUCAGAAGAUGAGAAAUUCGCUCUGGAUCACAUUCCUGACCUCAAGGGACGCGUCGCUGUGGUCACAGGAGGCUCUCAGGGCAUAGGAUAUGGAUGCACGCAUAGCCUUCUCAAGAACAACAUAUCCAAGCUUUUCAUCCUUUCACAAUCUAGCGACGUCGUCUCAGAUGCUCUGAACUCCAUCAGGACGGAGAUGGGCGAUGAGGCCUCUUCGAAAGUGGAAUGGAUCCAGUGCGACUUGGCAGACUGGGAGGCCGUGGCACGCAGCGCUCACAAAAUCAAGUCCAAUACCGACCGGCUUGAUAUUCUGAUCAACAACGCCGGCAAAGGCAUCAUGACCGCCGACAUCACCUCGUAUGGCGUCGAUUCGCACAUGGCGAUUAAUCACUUCGGGCAUGUCAUCCUGACCUCUCACCUUCUCCCAAUCAUGAAGAAGACGGCAGAAUCGGGUGAAACCGUCCGUAUCGUCAAUUACGGUUCCAAUGCUCAUCAGUCGGCACCGAAAGAUACGAAGUUCGCGAGCCUGGAAGAACUCAAUCACGACAACGGGCCAACGGCACAGUACGGGCGUUCCAAGCUCGCCACCAUGCUCUAUGCUCGCUACCUCGCCAGCUAUCUUACAGCAGACUAUCCGAGAAUCCUCGUCAACAGCAUCCAUCCGGGGUUGGUGGAUACUAAGGCAACUAGACAUGACAUUCACGAAGCAUAUCCUCUUGGCGGUUAUGGGAUGAGCAUGGUGUUGAAACCUUUCCAGAAGACACAGUUUGAGGCCGCCGUUCCGGUACUUUAUGCGGCAACUGCUACGGAGCGCAGUGGAAAGUACAUCUGUGCGCCAGCAAAGAUUGAAGACGGUUCGGAGCUUGCAAGAAACAAUGAGCUGGCUGAGCAGCUGAUGCGCCUGACAGAAGAUAUUGUUAGAGAAAAAUCCGAGGCUGUGAAGAAGGGGUGUCCUCUGAAGUUUUAUUGA